UAAUUUAACCGUUGCAGUGGGCUGCCUUACCAUCAUAUCUCACUCAUUCAAUUCCUCCCAUCCUCUCACCAAAUGAAGAUCCAGUGCGACGUCUGUACCAAACACCACGCCACCUUCUUCUGCUCCGCCGACGAAGCCGCCCUCUGCGACGCCUGUGACCACCGCGUCCACCACGCCAACACCCUCGCCUCCAAACACCAACGCUUCUCUCUCACCUACCCCUCCACCAACCAUCAUCUUCCUCUCUGCGAUGUGUGUCAGGAGAGAAGAGGCUUCGUGUUUUGUCAAGAAGACAGAGCCAUUCUGUGCAGAGAGUGCGACGUUCCCAUUCAUUCCGCUAACGAACUCACUAAGAACCAUAACAGGUUUCUUCUCACUGGGAUCAAGUUCACUGCCACUGCCACUGCCACUGCCAUGCCUUAUUCACAAUCACCACCCAACAAAAACCAUUCUGCCGAAACAAAUGAACAAGUUGGUAGCAGCAUAUCAGAGUACUUGAUCAACACUAUCCCCGGCAUGAAGUUCGAGGAUUUCCUAGAUUCACAUACGCUUCCCUUUCCUUACUCCAACAAUGGUGAUGACAUGUUUGGGAAGGGAAACAUGGUUUCUUUCUCAUGUGGUGGGAUGUGGGUUCCUGAAGAGCAGAAUGGGAUGGCAAAGGAUGGAUUUGGCAACAGUUUCGGUUUGGGGGAUGAUAAUUUCAUUGUUCCACAAUUGAAUCCUCCUCCUCCUCCUAACAAUGUGUACAAGAGAUCCAGGCUUCAAUGGUAAAACAGACACAACUAUUCAUGUCACUUCAAUUUCACUCUCCUCUUCUUUUAUAUAUAUUGUUGUUUUCAAUUUUUGUUUGUUUGCUUUUGUCCCUCACCCUUCUGAACUACUCUGCCAGCUACUUCCCUCUUGUUUUCUCCCUUAAUUUGUGUAUCACUUCUAAAUUGUAAAUAUGUGUACGUUUUGAGAGCUCUUUGGAUUCAGAUUAAUUGUUUUUGCUACAGUUUUACGUAAUUUGUGUCAAACUUGAACUGGGCUAGCUAGCACUAGUUGCCGCCAAGGAUCAUGUGAGAAAAUCAACGGCUGACUAAACUCUCAUAAUGACUUAUUAUGAACCUUGAUGAAAUCUCAAAUAUAUGCCAAAUUCAGCCCGAAUAGGAAUAUAAGUUUGACCAUGAUUACGAUCCCAAGAUUCCCCGCCUGACUUUACAGAUUUACAUAGCACAAAUGAAUGGACAACAGAGGUAGCUGAUAUCUUCACCAAUUUGAUCUUUCGAGCUGGGUUAGCUUUGUCCUGAUCCCAUAUUUAGGAGUAUAACAUGAACCAAAUAUUUAUGUAUUGUUUUGUUUAAUAAUGAUUGAAAUUUGAACUCAA